AUGGACAGCUUCGACAAGCUCGCUAUCAGCGAGCGGAAGAUUAUCGUCGGCAUCGACUUCGGCACCACCUACUCCGGAGUAGCUUGGGCUGAGACCCAACGCUCCGAUCGGCGCACCGCCAUCACCACAUGGCCCAUCAGCAAGACGAUCCACGAGGGCGAGUCCUCCGACAAGGUGCCUACUAAGCUCAGAUACAGUGGGGACGAGGUUCAAUGGGGCUUCUCUAUCCCCAUCAAUGCACCCAAGACGAAGUCUGACCUCGACCCUUCCCUCCAGAGCAUGGGUCAGGCUGUCUCCGCAGAGGGCAGGGGAGGUCGCAAUGUCGACAAGCUAGUGACGGACUAUAUUUUAUCUCUCGGCGAUCACCUGUUUUACACCCUCCGAGAGAAGCUGGGCGACACUAAUGCGCCGAUUCACCUCGUCUCUGAGCCUGAAGCUGCCGCCAUUUAUGCUCUGCACGGCCUUGACCCCUAUGGUCUCAAGAUCGGCGACACCGUGGUAGUCGUUGACGCAGGUGGUGGUACUGUCGACCUGAUCUCUUACACCAUCACUGGGCUGAAGCCGAUCCUGGAGGUCCAAGAGGCUGCUCCAGGAUCUGGUGCCUUAUGUGGCUCGACAUUCCUCAACAUGCGCUUCGCCAAGUUCUUGAGGGCGAAGCUUGGCAAGGAGGAGGGCUUUGACGACGAUGUCAUGGCUGAGGCCAUGGAGCAGUUCGAGAAGAAGGUCAAGCGUCAGUUCACCCUCGGCGCUUCCCCAGAGGAGACGUACACCAUUCCCAUUGGAGGCCUGAACAACAACAAAGAGCUUGGAAUUAACCGAGGCCGCUUUGCUCUAAAGGCAUCCGAUUUAUAG